UUGGGAAACAGUUGAGGGAAGGGAUUCAAUGUCUGGUGGUUCAAGAAGUUGCAAUCCAAAAUCUGGGGAAGGAAGAAGAAACCUGUCUUGAGCAUCCCCUCAUGAAUAGGGACGUUGCCUCAGAAAAGUUCCAGAUGGCCUCUUCCUGCCCCAUGGGGUCCGUUGACAGCCUGGAGCUUCUAGAUCUUCUCUUUGACCCACAGGAUGGGGUCUUAUGGCUUAUGGAGCUAGGAGGUCCUGAUUGUGCCCCUGCUAAGGACCAACAGACUCCACCGGCUCCAGAACCAGACAAAUUCCUUAAUUCUAUCUUAGGAUAUGGGGACUCUAAUCCCAGCUCUCCACUCUGGUCACCAGCUGCCAGUGACAGUGGGAUCUCUGAGGACCUGCCCUCUGACCCCCAGGACAGCCCACAGUGCUUUCACACUGGGACCAGCCCAGAUGGCCACCAAAAGGCUUCUCAACCUUCCUACUGUCAUGCUGGCCACUUCCCUGGCCUGACUGGGCCUGAAAGGCCAAGAGCCCAAGUGCUAGAAUCAUCUGUGUCCAUAGAUCUGGAAAUGUGGAGCCCAGGAGGCAUCUUCCAGGAUAGUCCAAAGCUGACAGGCUCACCUCCAUCCUGUACCCUCACAGUCAAGGACCUGCUCCUAUCCAGUAAUGUGGACAUGCAACAGCAGCAGCAGCAGGGAUCUCCAGCUGUGCAGAGGCCAGGUGUUGGCCACAGCCAGGAACUGGUGCUGACUGAGGAUGAGAAGAAGCUCCUUGCCAAAGAGGGCAUCACUCUGCCCACCCAGCUGCCCCUUACCAAGUAUGAAGAACGAGUGCUCAAGAAGAUCCGAAGGAAAAUAAGAAACAAGCAGUCAGCACAAGAAAGCCGGAAAAAGAAGAAGGAAUACAUUGAUGGGCUGGAGAACCGCAUGUCGGAAUGCACAGCUGAGAAUCAGGAGCUCCAGAGGAAAGUCUUGCACUUGGAGAAACAAAAUCUAUCUCUCAUAGAGCAGCUGAAGAAACUCCAGGCCCUCAUGGUACAUUCUACAAGCAAAUCGGCCCAGACAGGCACCUGUAUAGCAGUCCUGCUGCUGUCCUUUGCCCUAAUCAUCUUUCCUUCCAUCAGUCCCUUCGCCCCCAACAAAACUGAGGCACCUGGAGACUUUGUGCCAGUCAGAGUGUUCUCCAGGUCGCUGCAUGCUGAUGCCGCCUCUAGAGUGUUCCAUGCUCCAGUCCCAGGAGGGGAGGAGCUAGGUCCCCGAGCCCCAAGCCGCUGGAGCCGCUAUCCCCAGGAGGCUGGUGGCCCAGGGCCUCUGUCCGAGGUCACUCCGGGCAACCGGACUCCAGCAGAGGCACCAGAGGCUAUGUCUGUGGCGCUACCGGCCAGGGUCGAGAUGGGCCAUACCAAGGCUGGAGGGCUGCUGGAGGCCGAGGAGGAGCUUUGAGAUGGGCACCCCCAGGAGACCCCCCGCUCCAAGCAGAGGCCAGGCAGUAUCAUUCCCGUGGUGCUGUGGGGGAGUUUAAAAUGGGCUGCAAGAGGAAUGGUCCAUUAUAGGUCAGGUCCCUGCAUCCUGCAUCAGUCUCCUACAUCCUGCCAGGGCUGGACCCAGGCCAAAGAGUGACGUGGUCACCCCCAAUCCUCCAUCUCCUCUGCUUCAGACUGAGAGGAAGCUACUAGACAGAGACCAAAACAUAGACAGACUUGCAGAGGAUGUCAGAAAUGGAAGGUGCCUUAAAGACCAGAUCAGUUCCCUGACUCUGCAUAUGAGAAAACUGAUGCCCAAAGGUGAGGAAGGAACUUGCUUAAGUUCAUCCAGAGAAUCUGGGAUCUGUCCAAGUCUAGGACUAGGUCUUCUGAGUCCCAGCCCUGGCCCCUUUCUACAGACAUAUAUUGCCAACCCCAGGAACAAAUCAGUCUGCAUGACUAGGCUAAGAUAUGUAUCCUGGCAUCCCAGAAAAAGAUAAUUCCAGAGCCCCCAGAAGUACGUGGAAGAAAUCUUGAACCUUGGGGGCUAUCCCCAUCUCCCAAGUUCAGCCUUUCAGGAAAUCCUAUAGGUUCUACCCCUGAAGCCUUGGGGAUGUUUUCUCUCUUCUCCCAAUUCCCUGGAGGUAGGAUUUUUGUAAACAGAAGUAAUUCCUUAAUAAAGUAUUUUGGCAGAAA